AGGUUGGAGGUCUGACUCGAUGUGUUUCAACUUGUUCUGAUGCGCGGCUGCUUUCCUGGCACCAACUGCUUGGUAAGCGUGCCGACAGACACCUAUGUCGCAGUGGAGCGCUUCGGGGCCUUCUCGGCGCUGCUGGGCCCGGGCCUCGGCUUCGCGGGCUGCGACGUCUGCGGCAGCUGCGUGACGCUGCGGCCCAUCUCCGGGGCCAGGGACUGGGAGGUUUGCGCCAUCUCCACCCAGACCAAAGACCACGAGUUCAUCACUGCAGAGGUGGAGGUGGAGUAUUCGGUCAUCCCGAAGCACGCAAAGGAUGCGAUCUACAAGCUCCUGCAGCAGGACCGGCAGAGCUUGAUGCGGUCCUUCCUCAUCACUCCGAUCCGCACAUUCCUCAACAAGAAUACCCUGGAGGAGGUCUUCGGAAAGAAGGAUGAGGUCACCUCAGUGGUUAAGGAGCAGCUGACGGACUUCCUCCGGCCCUAUGGCUUCGCGGUGCACGGGGUGCAAAUCCGCGAGCUCCAAGUGUCCCCCGAGGUCAUGCACGCCAUGAACGAGGCCAAAAAGCAGCGCCGGGCGCGCGAUGUAGCGUGUACAAGCAAAGCGGAGCCGGUGCUAGCGUGUCAGGGUCUCGAUGAUGAGGGCGUCAAGCAGCUGGCACAGGAGUGUGCGCAGCUGGUCCGGGAGGCCAAGUGCAACCCGAAUGAGCUGCUUCGAUAUUUCGAGACGGCGCAGAUCGACAGAGCCAUUCAGGCGACCCACGCGCAGCCCAUGCCAGACAUGGACGGCGAUAUGGUGCAGCAGCUCCUUGAUGAAACCGCUCCAAGCACUUCCGCUGCGGGCAUGGUUUUCGGCGGGCCCUCUCAGCACACCAUGGCCUGAGUGUCACAAGUGCGACCCGAGCCACCUGAGAACCCGAAGGAGCGACCAAGUCCGAGAGAAGGAACAUCCGCUGUCCACGGAACUCGCGGAUCGCAGCGUGGCACCCCUGGAGUCGGACUUCGGCAGAUGACUUCAGAGCUGGC